AUGGACGAUAGCUUAGAACAUAGCGAUGUUAUACACGGAAUAACACAGGACGUUUAUCAGGUAAAUACCGAACGAUAUCGCCUUGUAGUACUCAGUCGAACGUAUGUUUAAAUUUUGUUCUAAUUUGUUUCAGCGAAUUAUCGAUUUGGGGCCGCAACUACGCGAAUUUGUAGCGUCGGCAAAACAAUAUCACAAAGCCUUACUGAGUAAGUGCAAUACUAUACAACAUUUUAUGAAUUGUUGGGCUUUGCGUCCGUUUAAAGUUUAUUUUUCUUGGUUUGAAGGUGCUUCCGUUGCUGCGAAUACAUUCUAUCAAGGCUUUACUAAAAUUGCUCAUUUGGCGUCCGAAACCAAGGGAUCAAAUAAACUACUAGGUCUGUGUCAUUUAUCUUUUUUAAUAUCCAUAAAUCUGACAUUUAUGCCUUUGAAUCGUGAGAAUUUUGCCCUUAUUUGCUUUGUGGCGUGUUUGAGUAGAAAAUAAUAUCGGACCUGAAUUGAGUUGAACAAAAAUUUUAAAUCUUUGGAAGGUAAUUACGAAUUUUAUAUAUUAAAGUGACCGGUAACGUAACAAAGUAUCGAACGAUGAGAACUAUUAUAAUGUUUAAUCAUCGAUGCAUGGCGGUUGCUAAGUGCAUAAUGCCUAACUUUUGUGGUAUUUGUAAUUUUGCACAACAGUAUAUAAUUAUUAAAUAUUGUCCUUUUUCCGGCCGCACGACAACAAAAUCGAAGUUCCAGAGUUUCAUGCGGAUGUUGUUAUAAAUCUCUCAAAUCUAUGGAAAUGAUUUAUCGAGAAAAAACAACAUUUUAGAAGUGUUUGUUGUUCUUGUGACACCUUGCAUAUUUUCCAUAAUUAUAAUUUUGGUGUGAACAAAUGUCAAUGUUGACUUUUAAUUUUUUGUUUCGUACGAACCCGACAAACAUGUAAAAUAUUCAUUUAAAAGGUGCUGUAUUAGCAAAUUCUUCCGUUUUAGGUUUGUUUUGGCCUGUAUUGAAACUUUAUACGUUAUUAAUUUCAAGAGGGCGUUUUUUUGGAGGCUUAUAUUAAAACGGACGCCCGGUAGAAUUUGCGGUUUGUUUUUAAUUGAAAACCGAAAGGCCAUAUUAAAUGUUUGGACAGGAAAGGCGACUUUUUGAUUAUAUCCUUAAUGCGAUUUGACAUGUGUUGUUUUGUAUUUUCGGUUUAAUAAUCUCCUGAAAUUUUUACAGAACAAGUUUCUUUGUGUGUUCUUUUCAUUAAAAGCGAGUUUAAGAAUGAAUUUUUUUUUAAAGUUUAUUUAAUUGUGUUUGACCAGCUAUAGGAGAAUUGUUGACAAUGAUUUAAAUUAUCAAAUUUUUGUAGAAAAUUAACAUUUUAAGUAGUCAUGAUAGAUAAGAUGGGAAGAUGAAUUGUUUUGCCUAUAACAUUUUGUUUAUGCAUCUAGAGCUUUUAUUUUUUUAAUUGAUUAAGUAGAAAAUAAUCAAUUAAAUAUAACAUAACAUGUUGAAAUGAUAUAAAACUAUAAAGACAUUUCUUUUUUUUUUAAUCCUGCACAUUUAGACUAGUCUAUAUAUAGGCCCAUGUGUGGACAGGUGGCUGCUUAUCUUAUAAAGUCAAAAUGGCAUGCAGUUAGCACAUGGCCUCUCCUUGUUCUCAGGGGCUGCUUAUAUAUGGAAGCCGGGCUGUCCUGCAUAGAGAGACAGCCCGGUUUAAAGCAGGAUGAAUGUCCCUUGUGUUUAUAUAAGAAAAAUUCAUCUUGCUUGCCAGGACAGUUUUGUUGUUUUGACAGUUGUUAAAAAUAACUUGCGGUGGUAUCUUUGAAAUUUCGUCCUGGCGAGUCAUCCGGGUUUAAGCGAGAUCUUGCAAGUGAGUUCUUGGCAACUAGGCCAGCCAUUUGCCCAUAUAAGCGUACAAUAAUUUUUACUAUAAAAAUAACUACACAGUAAGAUCUCGCUUGCAGGGCUGUCUAGCUAAGCGGGCCAGCCUGGCUGCCAUAUAAACAGCCCCUAUAAAAUUUGUUUCUGAUUGUAGUAAGUGUAUUAGGGUUACAAAAGGGCGGGGGGGGGCGGUUCUAACAACUUCCAAUUUCCCCUGUGGAGGAGGUAUGGAUGUUUUCUGGAAUGACCCAAUUGUGCUGAAAGCUCAUAAAAAAAUCACCCAGUAUUUUGGUAGGUACACUGACAAGAGGUUUCCAAGGGUUUUGACAAACAUCUUGUGAGGGCCUCUAUGACAUCGUACAUGUCUGCUUAUGGCACCAAUUUUCUGUAUUAUUAGGCAAAGGUAUUUGCGAUAUCAUAGCAGUUCAUAAACAGAUUGAAAACCAGGCAAACCUUGUGGUAAGUGAACAGGGUUAAAGGGUACACUCCUCUUACAUCAUUGAAAACCACCACUGACUCAACUACCUGAACUAUAUAUAUGGCUAUUUCACAUUCAGAGCUGCCAUUGUUCAGAUAGUUAAGAACCUGGAGGCUAUGGUCUAUAGAAUGCUAUUUCCUGCACUAGAAAAUAACAUGAGAUGAAGAUUGGAAGGCAUAUGCUCUUUGAACAUAUUUGUUUCUAAUAGCGCAUUAGCGCUCAAUCUCUGAUCCCUAAACAAUUUUUUAUUGGAUUUGGAAGAAUUAGAAAAAAAAUAGAAAAUGUUAAAUAUUCAGUCCUCUUUGAAUGCAAUUAUAGGAAUACACUGUAUUUCAUGAGACUUGAAGUUCAGCCCCAAAGCCAGACUCACAGAUGAACUGUGAGACUUGUCAGGUCUGCACUGUUAGUAGUUAGUAGUUGUCUAGGAUGUUUAAAAAAGAUGCUGAAUUAUAAGCACAUGACAAGUGAUUUUAUGAGCACAUGAAAUUUGCCAUGCCUCACCUAUGGUAUUUUUUGGACCACAGCAAGUUUUGCCACCCUGGGGGAAUGCAUUUUUUCUAACACUUCAUAUUAUUUUAUUUAGCUAAAAGCCAUCAGUCAAGAUUUUGUUGUCCCCCUUGAAGAUUGGAUUGAAAAUAAGAUUAGCUUAACAAAAGUAAAAUAUAUAUAAUGGAUGUCUCCGAAGUGUGCAAACACAUAACAAAUUUCAUGCCAAUCAUAUUCAUGCCUGCAAAUGUUGAAAAACAAUCAAUUAUUUUUUUGUGUUUGUUACUACUGUAAGAACUGGAUUGAUUGUAAACAUGCCAAAAGUAUGUAAGGCGUAAAAAAAUACCUGUGGUUCCGGUUUCAUAUCGCAAAAAAAUUAGGGUCGGUAGGUCGGAAAUAAUUUUUUUUUUGAAUAUUUUUUUCAUGUUUUUUUCAAUAAUUGGUGUGACAACAGACACCAUUUUGGCAGCAGCCUGCAACCACCUGGAGAAAAUAGGGUCGCACGGUCAAUCGCGUUGAAAAAAUAAUAGGGUCGGCAGAAAAAAAUAGGUACUUUUUUUUUAUAGGUACUUUUUUUCAUAGGUAUUUUUUUUACGCCUAAGGGAUGACCGUCAACAUUUGUUGGUAUGAAUAUGAUACAGGGACUGUGGAGCCUGUUUAAAAGUGGGGGGGGGGCAGGAUAGCAUGGGAGUUAUGCCACACAGGCAGGCUGGGUUUUAUCCGGUAAUUUUUUUGGCAUCCCCUGGUCCAGCGGUCCCUGUGAUAUGAAUUUGUGGUGUGUGCACACACUUUGGUGACAUCCAUAAUAUAACAUAUAAAUUAUACGUCCAUUUUGUUGGUGUUGAACAAAUUUAUGAAUUUUAUUUAAUAUUUAUGGAUUUUAAUUUUUAUGUUUUAUUCUUGUUCUAGACGAAGCAGAAAAGUUAUUUGCAAGAUAGCAAAAGUGCUUUAGAGGUAGAUUAUCUGAUCUGUUACAGUAAUAAAGGUUGCUAGAACUAGGGAGUGAUUACCUGGAAGCCGUACUGUCAUGCUCAAAACGUCAGCCCUCCUGCUAUAUCUUGGUAAAGCCACUUUUGUUAAAUGUCUGUUCUCUGAAAAUUGCAGCUUGUUGAGAAAUCCAAAUCGGACCUUACUAAAGUGCGAAAGAAAAGUCAAAGAAGCAAGACUAGUGACAAAUAUGACACGAAAGAAAAGCAG